AUGGUUUCUAAAUAUUUAAUAGCUGAGGAGGAAGGGGACGAAGACAAAAACGAUUCUUAUCCGAGCUUAAAUGAUGAUGACGACAAUGUUGCCAGCAGCAGUCAAGUCAAUGAUGAUGAAAAUGACAAUAGCCAGGAGGCCAUUAAUCCACCUGAUUUCCAAGAAACGAAUCAGAUUAAAGAUACCGCAGAAACAUCCAAGAAGAGGAUGGCAGACAAACAAAAUCCAGCUAUUAGGAAGGCGUGGACAAAAAAAGCAAAGAAGAAUGUCCCAGAAAAGGCAAAUAAUGAAGAAAUUGACAAAGAACUAAUUGAAUUUAUAAAGAGCCCGAUUGCUGUUGAUGAUGAAGAAUUGACUUUUGCCCGAGUGAUUGCAAAUAAAAUGCGGAAAUUGAAAGAAGAGGACAGAGGUGACAUGGAACUGAAAAUACUAAUGUUAUUUAAUGAUUACAACAAGAAACAAUAGAUGUUUUGUAGCCCUAAGUACACUGCAACAUAAUAUUGAAAUAUUAUGAUUGAUUGAAGUCAGUUUGAGAUUUGUUAUGAUUUAUUGUCCGAUGGAACCAAUAAAACAUAGAAAAAUAUAAAUCAAUUAUAAUCAUUAUAGUAAUGAACGACAUUGAAAAAAAAAAACUUAGCACCAUUAAAUAACUUUUAUGAUUACUAUUGGGCAAUUCAAAUUUUAACUUUUGUUUUAAUUUAUUCCAUCGGACGAUAAACUGAAAAAGAAAAAAGUAUUUUUAAAGUUGCAUGUUAUCCUUUUGUUUUAAAGUUGCAUGUUAUCCUUUUGUUUUUUCCCCCCCAAUUUAAUAAUGCUACUAACAAUCUUGUGUUUGGUGCUAAAACAUGUAGAGUUAAAAAUGCAAUCUAUAUGGUGCUGUUUCCUCAUAUUUUUCUUUGUUUUUUUUUCAUUCUAGUCUGUUACUGAGCAACAUGCUGUACAGCACUGUAAAACAUUUAUGCUAUGUUCCACGUAAAUAAUUUAGGUGAUCAUCAUUAAAAUACAUAAAGGGGGUUGGGGAGGAAACCGUGUCAAUGACAGUAACUAUUUUCCUAUGUUUAAGUAGCUUUUAUUCUUGUGUGACGACAAUUUGUUUAACAGGUUUGAGACCUUUAUAGUGAGUAGAUGAUGUUUAUGUAGCCAAUAAAUUAUUUUUUUCAAAAAAAAUACUGACACAAUGACUACAUUUUUUUGUGUGUUCUCAACUUAAUGAACUUUAAAAUAGACAGCCUUAAAAUUAAAAAAAAAUGCACAAAACUGACAGAUCUGGACCCUAUAAACAAGCUGGCAGCAGAAUUUGGCCUAGGCCUUUCCUACAGUCCUUACUAAAACCACAUAGAGUGAUGUGCAACCACACAGAUGCAGAAAUUACUUAAAAAAAUUAUCACACAACAGCAGAAAAUAGAAAUAGCAAAAUAGCUUCUUCAUGAAACACAGCAUGCAAUACCACAAAAUACAUUGAUUUUAACUGAAUUUGGACAAUUACGAAUAAAUGUUUAUUGAUUAAAUAAUCACUUUUAUACUCUAAACUAGUGACGUGUGUGUUAAAUAUUUGAGUCUGUGGUGGACUAGCCUAA